AGUUUGGACAGGUCGUGGCAGGUACAGUGAGGGCUAGAGACCGUCGUGCGGCGCCGCGACGCACCACCACGUCACCACACGCCUAGACAGCCACACCAUGUGCCGCCCAACAAGAAGGAAGUGAUUCACCCUCCGAAACCCUCUGCCCUGUGGCGGGAUGCGGCGGUGAGCCUGGCGGGGCGCGGUGGUGAGGAGUGCGGGGCUGCCUUCCAGGGGGCACGCCGGAGGGAGCAUGGCCCAGAGCAUGAACAGAUACGUGACGCUGAACGAACUGGGCACGGGCACCUACGGCUCGGUGGUCCUCGGCCAAAGGAUAGACACGGGGGAGAAGGUCGCCAUCAAGAGGAUGAAGAGGAAAUUUUACUCAUGGGACGAAGCAAUGAAUCUCCGAGAAGUGAAGUCGCUGAAGAAGCUGAGUCACGCCAAUGUCGUCAAACUGAAGGAAGUGAUCCGCGAGAACGACACGCUCUACUUCGUCUUCGAGUACAUGAAGGAAAACCUCUACCAGCUCAUGAAGUCCAGAGAGAAACACUUCAGCGAGCCCAUGAUCAAGAACAUGGUCUGCCAAGUGCUGCAGGGGCUGGCCUUCAUGCACCGCCACGGGUACUUCCACCGCGACAUGAAGCCAGAAAACUUACUCUGCAUGGGCCCCGACCUCGUCAAGAUCGCGGACUUCGGCCUGGCCAGAGAGAUCAGGUCGCGGCCCCCCUACACCGACUAUGUCUCCACCAGAUGGUACCGGGCUCCCGAAGUGUUGCUUCGCUCCACCAACUACAGCAGCCCCAUCGACAUCUGGGCGGUGGGCGCAAUCAUGGCUGAGAUCUUCACGUUCAGGCCACUCUUCCCCGGUUCGUCAGAGAUCGACCAGAUCUUCAAAAUCUGUUCUGUUAUCGGCACACCUGACAAGCGAGACUGGCCUGAAGGGUACUCGCUGGCUCAGCAGAUGAACUUCAAGUUCCCUCAGUUUUCCCCGACGCCGCUGUCAACGUUAAUCCCCAGCGCCAGCCAGGAUGCCAUCCAGAUUAUGACCGAGAUGCUGCGGUGGAAUCCAGCUCGCCGCCCCACGGCGCAGCAGUGCCUGAGGUUUCCGUUUUUCAAGGACCAGAAGGGCGAGAUGAACAGCUUGACCUACGCCCUGGCCAAGGCGCGCAUCUCGGACACCAGCGGCAUGGACGACCCCAGCGGAAUGGGCAUGAGCAGCGAGAUGAAGAGCGGGAUGCGAGGGGCAGGUGGGCGUGGCAGCCGGGCACUGCCGCAGGGCACCACGGGGGGCAGUUUGGACACCAGCACGCACAACGGGUUCUUGCACCGCUCUAAGAUUAGUCUUGAUCUGGAGCCUGGAACGAAAGUCCCCGAGCACGCUCUGCCACCACCCUUGUACAUGCAGUCCACGACCCGCAGGGCGGCGGGAGGGGACUCUGUCCUCGGAGGGUUACGAAAUAAAGGAUUCUCAUCCAAGCCCUACGGGUCCUCUGGGCUAAACUUAAGCUCUAAGGGCACUAGGGAAAACGGCUACCUUCCCAGCAACAAGAACUGGUCUUUUCGAAAUCCAGUGGCCACAGACAACAAAUAUGACGAGUUCGACGAGAAUAAGACUAACGGUUACGGAAACUUGAGGGCCGUGAGUCGCAGUAUGCCCGGCUCCCUGGUGUCGGUGCAGGCCGGGGGCGCGGUGGGCGGUAACCCGAGCGUGGUUGGGCUGCGUACACACUCCUACCCAAGCACCAAUGCCACGAAUAUGGGCUCCUUCGCCACCAUGGGGCCCACGCGCUCCAACAGUGCCAACGCAAACGUCCACGGCAGGACCAACUGGGCGGCCAAGUAUCUCAAGUAGCCGCGUGAGGAGGCGCCAGAGGAUCCUGUCUGGCCUCCCCCGUCCCUGCUUUGCCUCUAGUGACCUUGAUGAGCGGCCAUCGAGAGGCGGUAUGGAAAUCAGAAACAUCAGAAGGACGAUGAACGCGUUAACCAGAGAAGACCGGGAGGCGAGGUCUUGGCGGCAUGGAGGGUCGUCAGUCUUGCGGGGUUGGGGCACAGGUUCCUCGUCACGGGCCUUUAGUGUUGCAAAGUCUUAAUAAAAUGAGGCUGGGACCAUCACCAUACACAAUAUGCCAGGACUCGACCAGUGCUAGUAAAGUGUGUCUGAAACUUGGAAGUAAAGAACAAUAUCCCAUGAACACAGACUCUCGUUCUAGUCACCUCUGAGCAUGAAGAACCAUCCCCGCGGGUACCCUCCUGACGCUCGCAUUAUCUGUGAUACUUAGUACAAUCUCGCCAACCUCCAAGAUCGCUAAAUCAAAUGUUUUGUGUGUUUCUGGCGCAGUGUUCACGCCGGAGACUGAAUCACAUGAGGCCAGGGUUACAGCACCCACCCACCCUGUACAUACAUAGCCGCAAUCAUGAAGUGGUAGCUAUAAGGCAUAUAAAGAUUAGUAUAUUAUAAUGAUUAUGUAGAUAUUUUUCUUACUUUCCUUUCGUUGAGGAGGUGCUCACUGUUGCCACCUCAAGCGGUCACUGAUACCUCAACACUCCGUCCAGUGUGCGACGAACGCCGGCCUACUUAUAUCCUUCCCCUGACCAGCCGCCUCCCACCGCAUGUUUGCCACUCCACCGGACAGAGUGGCAUGGACUGAAAGAGAGCGCCACUACGAUAGUCUGAUACAGUUACUAGCUGAAAAAGGUUAUACAAAGAAGGGCAUGUGGCAGUGCUGGCCAAGUAAAGAUCAAUUUUCUUUUUGAAUCUUCAUAUCGGUGGGUUUGUUGGCUUCGGCCUGCAUGUAUGAUGAUAUAACGGACCCAAAAACUAGACCAAGACGCAAGUAAAGAUGGAAAUUCCAUCAAUCCACUGUGCGUGUAAUUACCAAUGAAAAAUGUAGACUACACAUGAAACUGACUGAAGUAUGACUUUCAAUCGUACCAUCAAUGAUGUGAUAUGCAUAAAAGUAUGCUGACACCUGGCAAGUGCUCUGCCACUUUGAGUCUCGAUCGUUUUAUUACUACAGCAAAGAGGGUGCCCGAGGUUUAUGAGCCGCGGUGGUGAAUCGUGGCUAAAUUCCUCUUGGAAAAUUUCAGUGGACUAUAAUAGCGAUGGUCAAAGUGUUUCGUUCUACGUAACUUUCAGCAAGCUGUGGCAAAAUGCAACAACUCCCAAAUGAGUUGGAUUACGGGUAGACACAAAUUCUGGUUGUCCGGAGGGCCACACCCGCUGUCAAGGGCUACGCAUGUUGAGAACACCAAAAGAAGAAAAUAUUAAUUAAGACUGCUUGAAGGUCACUUUACCUAAGAUAUUCUAAGGAAAAGAUGCAGCUGUAUCACAUUCGACUGAUCUUUGUUUGCACGGGAAAGAAAAUGAACAAAAAAUCAAGAAGCUGUUCAUUGGAUGGCGAAGUAGUGCACUGUGAAGGCAGCGGCCCCUCCAGGACGACGGCGUGCGUCCAGUCAUACCCACCGCCGAGGAAACUAAAUAAAGGUGCAUUGCAGACACGAUGAACGGAUUUUAUAAUGAAAUUGUUUACUUUCACUUUUAAGUGACCAUGGCCGUGCUGCUUAGCCACUAUGACACGAGCACACACAGUAGUCUCUCUUCCACCUCCAUCUGCCAGCUAAAAACAUCUAGAGACAGCAGGCCCUCGACACCAGUCUUCAGCCUGGUUUGUUUAUUCAUACUGUGGUGGGAAUGUAGGAUUAUCAAUGUAAUUAUGCGUUCAAGUUCAACCCUCAUAUAAUUAUCAUAUUGGGUAUUAAACAACAUUUCCAGCCAUGUCAUCAUUCAUCUCUAGCAUGUUAUGUUUCAGAGGACACACGAGGCUGAUAUCCCGUGGAAGACAAUUGUGUUACAGGGAGCGCCGCCGUCUUGCCGGCAGCCUCGCCUUCAUGACUGCUAUCGGCCGGUUAUUAAAAUUGUAAACAGACUUACUAUCAACGUAUCGCAUCUCGUGUCACGAGUGUUUCCUUACUCUGUGCAGCAAAACUGUUACACUGACAAUUGGUUGUGUAGCUAAACGUCGGGGAGGACGGGGAGGGGACGAGACGCCGGCCCUUCCUCCUCGACCUUGUGAAAUAAAACAGAAUUUUAAUA